AUGAAACCAUUCUUACAACUCAAUGUUAAUGAAAACAUCCCCAGCGACAAAAUUGAUUCCUAUAUCUCUUACAUGGUAUAAAAUCUCAUUACAAUAUAGUCUCAAGUCUACAACGUGCAAUAAUAUAUGCUGAUUCAGGCUUAAAAUUAGAUCAUGCAGGCUCAACUAUUGAAAUUGUAAAGUGGCACUAUUAAUCAGAAUGUCCUUUUAUAACAAAAAGCAGUUUAAUUGUCAGAAAAGAUUAUAGAAAAAGGAGUAUAGAUUUCCACAAAGGACUUUAUUCCAUCUUCUAAUAUGCCAAUUUUAGCCAAAUAUAUAGCUAAUAUAUAUAUUUAUCUAAUGAAAUAAUGCUCAUCGGAUAAUGAUGAAGUCACAUUGAAUUACAUAAAGGACCCCAAUUCGAUUGUUAUUGAUUAGAAGCUAUGGGAUUUAAUAUGUGAGAUAAUCAGUAAAAAGUUAGUUUGUCUCAAAGCCAAUGAUAUAAUUUGCACUAAUAGUAUUGAUUCUAAUUUUAUAUAUAGAUUCUUAAAUUGGAAUUGUUAGCUAAUCUUUGUUAUUUAGCAGUAUCAUAAGGAAGGUCAUCUUCAAGAAAUUGCAUGGAAGUGCUCAAUAGAUCAGCUUUUAAACUUUAAAUGAUUUAUUGGGAUAGGAGAAUAGAUCAGAUGAAUUCUUAUACAAAUUCUUAUGUGAAGAGGACAAGAAUACCAUGACUAGAUAGUCUUGUUAGAUAGCCUUAGAAAAGAUGUUCGAAAAAAGCAAUUAGUAUUUUCAUCAAUCAAAUCUAAUUGAGUAAAUUAUUGAGAACUAAGGAUAAUUUAAUAUUAAUGGAAAUUUUGAGUAUCAUGCUGAAAAGGUAUAAUAAUUCAAUUAUUGAAAUCUAGUACUUGAGCAUAAUCAAAAUAUAUUAGAAUUCUGAUUAAACUAAAGUGAUUGAAUAAUUGAUCACUGGAUUAUUCAUGAAUUAAUAGCAAAUUGAUGGCAAGUAAUUCAUAUUCAAUUCCAAUCGACUUGAGGAAAAACUCAAAAAAAUCUUAUUUAUGUUUGUGGAUAUAGUAAGAAUAGAGAAUUCUAUAAUUUCAAUAGUAUUGGAAAAUAAAAUGUAUGUACUAUUUGUUAAUAGAUAUAGAUCCGAAGAACCCUAGAAAAACCCUCUUGAAUAUUAUGCAAAACUGAUAGAAAGAAUAAAGAAUAAAUGUAGAAGUAAAGAGGAUGAGUUUUGUAAUUGUAAAAGGUGUUUGUGCGUUAAGAGAAACAGAGAUAGCGCAAGAGAAGCAUAGAAAAGAAAGAGGGAAGCUUUGGAGAAGAUUGGCCCCCUUUAACAGGAGUAUGAAAAGAUAAAUAAGAAGGUAAAACUAUAAAAAUAUUUUAGGUUUAAUUAUUAUAAUUUGAUAAUUCAAAAUUAAAGACAGCGUUAUUUGAAGCAUUAAGGAAUCCAGUAAUAGAAAAUAUAAUAAAAACAUAAUAUCAAAGCGAAUUUACUAAUUUAGCAAAUAUGAUUUAAUAAGAGUCUUAGGAUAUAUAAAAAGAGGAGUUUUAAUCAUAGUCCUGAG